AUGAAAAUAGAGGCUAAAGAGCCUUUGCUUGAGGCAUUUAUGACUGCUGAUGAGGAGAGAGGCAGAGGUAAAAAUAAGAAAAAGAAGAGAAAGAGAAAGAGGGCAUCUGGAAGUAGAAAUCCCAAAACAGAAGUAAUAGAAAAUGCUAUUGGAGAUAAAAUUGAAGAGUAAAUUGCCACAUGGCAUAAGUUAUCUCCUUAGAGCUCUAAGAAAGAGUUACAGCUAAACAAUUAUAAUGUAAAUUUAAAAGAAAACUAGCUUACUGUCCCUCAAGUUUUCUCUCCUUAAGAUAAUAUCCAGAAAAUAUAAGAUAAACAGCCUAUUGUUCUUUGA